AUGGCGGCGCUGUUGACAACAGUAACAGAGCAGUGGAUACGAGAGAAGGUACAUCUAAAUCACCAUUGCCUUGCAGAUGUGAGAUCACUGAGCCUCCCAGGAUCAUACAAGGAGAAAAUCAGGCAUCUGGGAAUCUCACUAAAGAACUUUGUCCGUUUGAAAACACUGAACCUCUCCUGUAAUGCACUAAUCUCUGUCGAGGGGGUCCAACACUUGAAGAGGCUGGAGAGGCUGAACUUGUACUACAACAACAUUCCCUCCCUUCAGGAGGUCAAAGUGCUCUGGCAGCUGACUGCUCUGAGAGAGCUGGACCUGAGGCUCAACCCUCUGGCUAAAACAGAUCCACACUACCGCCUGUACUUUGUGCACGCACUGUCCAACCUUCGCAGGCUUGAUGACUGUCCAGUCAGGGACAGUGAGAGAAGAGCUUCAAUCAUGCAUUUCUCCUCAGACUCUGUGCUCCGACCCCAACAGACAAGCUCCUCGGAGACAGACAUCACUGAUCAGAGGAGCAGUAAGUUGAGGAUGGCCUCAGUAAAUCGCCUGGCCAAGAAGCUCUCUGUCCUGGAUGACAACGAUGACAUAGUGUUGAACCUUGUCGCUAAGAGCAACUGGGACCAAAGUGAACCUCUGUUCCUGACUGGCUCUUCCCACAAGGAGUCAGAGUCCCAGCUUUAUCAUCAGAUCAGAGAGGAGUCUUGUCAUUCCCAGUCCAAUGGUCAACGUUUAAGAGAAGGAUCUCAAGCGAAAGGUUCUUCCUCCUCGUUGAAAACGUCAGAGGGGCCGAGGGUAACCUUUAACCCAGAGAAGCACAGCGGGACUAGCUCUGGAUGGGAGGAGCGAGAGAAACUCCCCAAACACCUGAGAGUCACGGCCAAGGGCCACUUCACCCCUCACCCUGGUGAGGUGACACUGAAUAUCCUCUCUGUCACCGCCACAAAUCAGAUGGCAUGAAUGGCCUAAUACAACAUUCUGAGUGUU